AUGCUGACUGUGGUGACCUCCAUGCCAAUGCUUGUCCUGGAGGCUGAAAGAAACUGGGGACUUUCUAUGUCAGUGCGAAGGAGAGAAGCUUUCAGCAAGGAGGUGUCUCUGGAGUCUGGGAAUCUUAGGCUCAGUGACAAUAAUCAGACAUUGGGAACUAAUGGGAUGGUCGCCAGGGAUUUGACAAUGGGGAUGAUCUUCUUAUCACAAACUAUUACAGGAAUCCUGGGAAAUUUCUCUCUUCUUUCCCAUUAUCUCUAUCUCUACUUCACAGGAUGCAAGUUUAGACCUACAGAUUUGAUCAUCAAACAUCUGACUGUAGCAAACUGCUUAAUCAUUCUCUUUAGAGGAGUUCCCCAAACCAUGGCAGCUUUGGGGCUAAAUGAUAAUUUCAGUGAUAUUGGGUGCAAACUUGUGUUCUAUGUACAAAGAGUGAGCAGGGACGUGUCCGCUGGCAGCACCUGCCUCUUGAGUAUCUCCCAGGCCAUCACCAUCAGUCCUGAGAACCCCAGGUGGGCAGAAUUUAAAGCAAAGGCUCCCAAAUACAUUGGCCCUUUUAUUACACUCCUCUGGAUACUGAACUUCAUACUAAAUAUUCUGGUACCUCUGUAUGUAACCGAGAGAAAAACCAACAAAAAUAUCACAGAGAAAGUUGAUUAUGUGUACUGUAUUGCUGUGAAUCCUGGAGAAUUCACAGAGUCCCUUUAUGCAGCUGUAGUAUUUUUCCAAAAUGUUCUUUUUGUGGACUUUAUGCUGGGUUCCAGCGGCUACAUGAUUUUCAUCCUGUACAGGCACAAGAAGCAGGUCCAAUACAUCCAUAGGACCAACAUCUCCUCUAGGUCCUCCCCAGAGUCCAGAGCCACACACAGCAUCCUCGUCCUGGUGAGCACCUUUGUGCCUUUUUGCAUUUUCUCCUCCAUCUUUCACAUUUGCCUGACUGUUUUAAAAAACCCCAGUGUGUGGCUGGUGAACACCUCUGCACUAAUCACUGGCAGUUUCUCAACUGUGAGCCCCUACAUUCUCAUGAGCCAUGACUCCAGAGUGCCCAGGCUCUGCUGUGUCCCCACAAGGAAUACAGAAUCCUCUGGAUGCAAGUUCGGGCCCACAGAUUUGAUCAUCAAAGACCUGAUUGUGGCCAACUGCUUAGUCAUUCUUCUAAAGGAGUCCCCAAACCAUGGCAGCUUUGAGGAUGAAGCAUUUCCUCAGUGA